GCCCUUCUCCCCAAAGACACAUUCCAGAAAUCGCACUCUUAGCUGACAGGAGCCCUGGAUCCCAGACCUGAACCAGCGAAAACUCCCCCUGAAUCAUGGGUGAGACGUUCUCCCAGUCGGGCUCUCGGGAGGAGAACAAGUCAAUCCUGCCUCCCAGCCCGGCGUUCGGCAGCAAGGCUGUCUGCUACUCCAGCACCCGAAGCAGCAAGUCUUUUUGUUCCCGCGUGCCUUGUGAUGGGGCUGCCAGUGCCAGCUUUGUGACUUGUCCCACCUGCCAGGGCAGUGGGGAGAUCCCGCAAGACCUAGAGAAGCAGCUAGUGGCCCUCAUCCCCUAUGGGGACCAGAGGCUGAAGCCCAGGCGCACGAAGCUCUUCGUGUUCCUGGCAGUGUUCGUCUGCCUUGUGAUCUCCUCCUGCAUCGUCUUUUUCCUGUUUCCCCGGUCCAUUGCUGUGCAGCCCGCGGGCCUCAACUCCUCCACGGUGGCCUUUGACGAGGCUGACAUCCACCUCAACAUAACAAAUAUCUUAAACAUCUCCAAUAGCAACUACUACCCCAUCACUGUGACCCAGCUGACCAUCGAGGUUCUACACCUGUCCCUCGUGGUGGGGCAGGUCACCAACAGCCUCCUCCUCCACAUCGGCCCUUUGGCCAGCGAACAGAUGUUUUAUGCAGUGGCCAACAAAAUCUGGGAUGAAAACACAUACAAAAUCUGUUCCUGGAUGAAAAUCAAAGUCCACCACGUGCUUUUGCACAUCCAGGGCACCCUGACCUGUUCCUGCCUGAGCCAUUCAGAGCAGCUAGUCUUCCAGAGCUAUGAAUACGUGGACUGCCGGGGAAACACGUCGGUGCCCCACUUGCUGGUCCCCCACCCGCCGUGACCUGUCCGCUGUUCCCGAACCCCAGGCCCCCGCCACGCUGGGCUGUGUCUCCC